UAUUAAUCAAACACGCCUAUAUGCCGGUCACAGUUAUCUCCCCUAGCAAAAUGGCUGACAUGAAUGAAAAUAGCUCUGCGGAAUUAAAUGGGGAUCAACCUACAAUUAAAAAGCUAAAAACAGAUUACAUAAGAGAAGGUGUAUUGCUUGGUUAUGGAAAUCCAUUACUGGACAUACAGGUUGUAGGUACAGAGGAGUUCUUAAAAAAGUAUGAUCUGAAGGCCAACAACGCCAUUUUGGCAGAAGACAAACACAAACCCAUGUACGAUGACAUGACUGCAACAUUUAAAGAUGUAGUGUAUGUCCCUGGUGGAGCUACCCUUAAUUCAAUCAAAGUAGCACAGUGGUUAAUAGGCAAGAAAGAUUCUACAACCUUCUUUGGUUGUAUAAAUAAAGAUACAUAUGGAGAUAUCUUGGAGAAAAAAGCAAGUGAAAUGGGUGUAAAUAUGAAACUUCAGAUAACAGACAAAGAACCUACAGGGACCUGUGCAGUAAUUGUUACAGGGGAAGACAGAUCUCUAUGUGCAAAUUUAGCUGCUGCCAACUGUUUUACAAAGGAUCAUUUAGAUAAUGCUGCUAACUGGGAGCUUGUAGAAAAAGCAGACUAUUUUUAUUGUGCUGGAUUUCCACUGACAGUUAGUCCACCAACUAUAUUAAGGCUAGCCAAACACUCACAUGAGAAAGGGAAAACAUUCUGUAUGAAUCUAUCAGCACCUUUCCUCUGCCAGUUUUUCAAAGAACCUAUGCUGCAAGUGUUGCCUUAUACAGAUAUUAUAUUUGGCAAUGAAACAGAAGCAGCCACUUUUGCCACAGAAAAUGAUCUUGGGACGGACAAAGUACCAGAGAUAGCACUGAAAAUAGCAGCUUUAGCAAAAGAAAACAAAAACAGAGCACGGAUGGUUGUGAUAACUCAGGGAGAUUUGCCAGUUGUCGUAGCUUAUGAGGGAAAAGUUGAAGAAUUUCCAAUUAUACCAGUUAAAGCAAAGGACAUAGAAGAUACAAAUGGAGCAGGAGAUGCCUUUGUUGGAGGUUUUCUAUCACAGCUAGUACAGAGACAGCCGCUAGCAACAUGUGUACGAUGUGGUAACUACGCAGCAAGUCUCGUUAUACAGCGGUCUGGCUGCACAGUACCAGAAAAGCCAGAAUUUACCUAGAUCUCCAUACAUUCUAUACAUAGACUUACAUAGGGCAUGCUCAACAUCACCUAGGGUACAACAUGUAUAUAGCCUCAGUCAAAUUCUUACAUUUGCUUACAUUCCGGAAACUGUCCAGUUUUAUACAGUAGUUACCAAUGGUUUAUAAAUUGGUACAUAAUUAAACUGUUUCAAAUUUUAUCUGAACUAACAAUAGAAAUUACAAAUAUAUAUUUAAGAUUGGUGCAUAAUUUUGUAAGCAGGAACAUUAGCUGUAUGUAGCUAUUAACCAUUUCAGUAACAAAACCAGGAGAAUGUGAACAGGAAAACUGUCAUUAUUUUAAUCUGAAAAAGAAAAUAAGUGGAAAGUGAGCUCGAGAGCUUCCAGUUUCACUUUUACAACACAUAAAUUACCACAGUAGUGGUUUUACUUUUGUUAUUAAAACAGGAACCCCAUGGAACCUCUUGCAAGAUUAUCACUUGUGCACCCAAAACAAAGUCCCACUGACAUUUUGAUCACAAUUUUCAUACCGAUAAACAAAAUAAAAACGAUAUUGUAAAUACAAUAUCAGGACAAGAUUUUCAGUAGUUAUUGUCUUUGAAUGUUUCUGGCCGAUGUUGAACAUGAUUUUAAGAAAGAAAUUAUUAAUCAAUUUAAAUCAUGUCAUUGAUUUUAAUUACGAAGUGCUAAUUUUUUCUGUGUGCUGUAAUAUCUUGCAAAGCAGGAUGCCUUCUACAACUUCUCCUUUAUACUAACAUCGGAGACAUGAAUAGUUUUUAUAUCUAUAGUGAUAUAUUGGUAUGUGUGGUAUCAUUUGAUGUCUAUAUCAUUUAUUCAGGUUGGUACUCUAGAAAUUUGCACUCUUUCUUUCAAGGUGUAAUGUUACACAAUACCUUUAUUUCAUUUUUUCUUUAUUUCAUAUUUUUCUUUAUUUCAUAUUUUCUUUAUUUCAUUUUUUCACUGGUUUAUUGAAAUCUUUUGGUAGAUUAUAUUUGUAAAUUUUAAACUGAUUUUGCAGAAUGUGCAUUUCACUAGUUAAAAUACUUGCAGAAGAAAAAAUUAGAAUCAAUCGCAAAUCUUGUCAAAAGUAUACAUACAAAAAAAGACAUUGAAUGAUGCACUUGAUCAAGAACAUAGAAGACCAGAUAUGUAUGCUCCACACAAAAGAAAUAUACAAGAAAUCUAGAAACCUCAUUGAACUGUUUAUGAUCAUUGUGAUGUUGUGUUUUGGCAUUAUGUUAAUGUUAAAUUAAUAGACAUUGAAAAAAAGAACUUCUGUUUGAUUUACAUACAAGAUCAAAACACCUUUCACUUGGGGAAAAUACUGCAGCUGGUGUUAUAUUGACCAGUUUUAUCAGUUAGCAACCUGAAAAACUUUGGUAAACAAUGAAAAAGAAUAGAUUUCUCAUUUAAAUGUGUUAUGAAUACAAAGGAUGUUUCAAGCAUUGACCAAAAAGCAUACUUAGUGCCUAGGCCUAUUCUCAGGAAGUGUUGCACAAGACAGGGACAGCAUGAUACAGGGACAGGACGAUACUGGGACAGCAUAAUUCAGGGACAGCAUGGCCCAGAGACUUAAUUGUAGUUAACACUAAUCAAUUUUAAAAAUACGAAACAGCUGACAAAAAUUAGUAAAUAUUAGAAAUGAAUGCUAAAGUUGUUUUUUUUCAGAGACUUGUAAAUGUUUUGCUCAUUAAAGCAGUGACAAUGAUGUUUACAUGGUAUUUAAUGAAUGAUAUUUGUUAUCCGAAGUUGAUGGGAAUGCAUGUUGUUUUUUCUGCCAAACAUUUACUAUGCAAUGCAGCUACAUGUAUAUGAUGCAAUUGGGAAUAAAAAUUGAAAUUGGCAAGUAA